CUUCUUUGAGCCAUGAAUCCAGCCGUUAAGUUUUCGCAGCACCGGAACCACACCAAACUGGUCUCUAAUUCCGAAGCCGAGGGUGUUCGGCCGAGGAUUGUGAGGAUUUCUGUCACUGACGGCGACGCUACCGAUUCCUCCAGCGACGACGAGCCGGAGACGUUCUUUGGGCGGCAGAGAGUGAAGAAGUAUGUGAAUGAGAUUUCGAUUGAGUCGUGUUCAAGAGAGGCUGAGGAGGAGGCGGCGGUUUGUAAGAGCAGGACGUCCAGGACGGUGAGGAAGAAGACCGCCGGAAAAACCGUGGCUCCGGUGACUCACCGGACCUUGAAGCCCGCGCCCGGGAAGAAGUUCCGGGGAGUGAGGCAGCGGCCGUGGGGGAAAUGGGCUGCCGAAAUCAGAGACCCGUUCAGGCGAGUACGGCUGUGGUUAGGCACGUACGACACGGCUGAGGAAGCAGCUAUGGUGUACGACAACGCGGCCAUUCAGCUGCGUGGACCUCACGCGCUCACCAACUUCCACUCUCCUCCGGCGGUCACUGACGAGCCCGAUGCCGACAUUAUGUCCGACGUCAAACCGGUCAUCAGUUACGGCUACAAUUCCGGCGAGGAGUCACACAACACCAUCUGCUCCCCAACCUCCGUGCUCCGCUGUCCCUCGCCGUCAAACGAAGACGUCUCGUCGUCGCCGAGCCCGAAACACCUGCAACCCAAACAAGAACAACAACUCCAACAAGUCCAAGAUGUCCAAGAAGACUCUUGUGUUUCCGAGAACUUCUCGGAGCUCUCGGACCACACCAGCUUCGAGAGCUUCAUCUCGGACGACAUAUUCGAUUUCCAGACUACAAUACCAGAUUUCUUCGAAGAGACGAGUGUUUUCAAAGAAAACAACAACAGCUUCUGCGAUUUCGGAAAUUUCGGCGACAUCUUCACCGAAUCAGCUAUGGAUUUCGGGUUCGGAUCCUCCGGCAGCACAACCUGUGACUACUUCCAAGACAUCGGCGACCUCUUUGCCUCCGACCCUCUUGUUGCUCUGUGA